CGUGACGGUAGCUACACUGGUAAUAGGGAAGUAUCUGUGAUUUUGAUGAAAGCUAGAGUGAGAGGAGUUAACACUUUUAGCAAAGAUACCGACUCUAUGAGCGACAUAUAUUUCGUUUUCUUCACUGGGAUAGGGACAUAGUGGUUUAGGGUUCGAAUCUUAGCACCGGACAUAUUCUCCCUUUCAAGCGUCGGGGUGUGAUAUUAUGUGACGGUCAAUCCCAUUAUUUGUUUGUAAAGCUCACGAGGACCAUCCGUAGCUAUUCAACAUCACCCACCACCAAUUCUUGGGUUACUCUUAUCAAAUCGAUUAGUGGAAUUAUAAAACACCCAUGGCCCCAAAGUGCGAAGCGCUUAGUGAUCUAACAAAACACCACUCGGAGACAGCAGUUAACACUUGCUUUUUAUCAGUUAAAAACGACAAAAUAAGGGCGUUCUGCUCACAUUCCUCUAGAGGGCGUUCCAAGAAUAUCCAGGACAGUCACUCUACACCAAGGGCUGGACUCCCAGAUUAUAACAUCAGGACCAGAAGAUUAGGAUUCAAGGGUCUAGAAGAGAUAUACCACAUACAAGACUAGAAGAUCAAAGUUAAUAAAUUAAAAGAAUUUAAGAUCGAAAUAUAUGACGUAAUGAACUGGAAGAUCAGGAUUCAUGAUCUAAAAAAGUCUGACAUCAAGAUAUACGACUUAAAGGACUUUAAGAUCAGGAUUCAUGAGUUAGUAGUUUAAGAUCAAAAUAUACGAUUUAUAGACGUUUUAAGAGAUAAUUCUUCACAACGCAAAGAAGUUAAAGCUCAGAAUUCACAAUGCAGAAAUGUCAGAGGUCAUGAUUAACGACUUACACCGUAAGAGUAUCAAGAUUCACUACUUAUAGGCGUUUAAGAUACGUCUUCGUGACAUACAAUUAUCAAGUUAAAAAAUUCACGACAAAAAGGCGUCAACUUGCAUGGUUCGUGAUAUAAUAUAUCUUUUUGUUUCAAAUAUUCACGAAGAAAGGUAUGGAAGACGAGUAGUUAUAUUUUAAGAAGUGGAAGAUCAGAAUUAAUGGUUAAGAUGUUCAUUAAGUAAGCACAUUCGUACUGGAUGGAAUGUCAUAUGCUAGAAGUGAUUCUUGCAAAUACUUUAUAUGCUGUUAGAUAUACACGACUGUUUAAGUUUAAUGUGAAAGUUGUGAUUUAGAUAGUUUAUAUAGCGCGACUGUUAAAUUUAGUAUUCCUAGAAGUGAUAGUCUAUCGUAGGUUUGUUUGCCUAACUGUUUGCGAACCAUACAUUAUGUGAUUCAGUAGUUACGAAUUGGUGAUUGUUAUAUUAUUGCGUCAUGUUACUAAAAUCUUCUGAGUUGUUCUUGUUUUAUCUGAGUAUUAUUACAUCAUAAUAUCUAGUAGUGUGUCGAACGUUCUAGACCUCUGUCAGGGUAUAAAUACGCGUCAUAAUUUAGUUUGAAAGAUAGAUCUAGACUGAUUGAUUGUGAGUUUAGCAAUAAAGAGGGUAUAGUUACGAUUUAUGAAAUGAAAUUAUCACAGAUUGUAUUGUAAUAACAGAGUAGAGAAGAAUAAUUCGUCUUGUCAAUUGUAUUCUAAACUAAUGUGGACUUUAAUGAAAAAGAUACAAUUAUGUAAAGCUCUGGAUAAAAUUGUGAAAACCAACAGUGUAACGAACAUUUGUAUAUAUUUUUGACUUGUUUGAAUAUAUUA